AUGAAAAAAUGCAAUGCUUGUCUAUCGUUAAUUGAUAAUGAAGAAUCGCUUAUAUGUUCAAAAUGCUAUCAGCAUUACCACGAAUCUUGUAUUCAAUCUACGUUUGGAUUUGCUUCAUUAAGAGAUAUAACAAACUGGAUGUGUCCCGACUGUCAACCUAGGAACAAAAAUGCCGAUAAUACCCCAAUACGGCCUUAUUUUAAAUCUAAACAAAUUCGUGAUGAAAAUGUCAAUCGCCGAAGAGGAGGCAUAGUGAUAAAUUUCCAACCGCUUACACCUAUCACAGUAGUUGAAGUUCGGGAUAAUGUGAAAUCGGAAAUUAAGAAUCUUUUAAAACAUCUUAAUGAUACUAUAGCCAGCAGUAACAGCCAGUUUUGUUUAUAUCGAAUUAAAAUCAAUAAAAGAAGAUAUAUCGUAAGUGAAGGAGUCAAUGUCAUUUUUGAAUGA